CAUAGGUUCAAGCUUCAAGAAGCAUGAGUAGCAUGGAUUAAAGCUCAAUGGUUUAUUAAGACUUGUUAUGAACGUGUUGUGUUUAGCCAGUGAUACGUGGUAAACAUAGCACUGUAUAGUACAGAAGGUAGGAUAGGCAGGCAAGAUGGAAGCGAAACAACACCACGGGGUGGAAAGACGAACAUCAGUAGAACACCAUUACGAAAGUAUUCAUGAUCAUUCUGUAGACGGGAAGGAUUCUCCUAACAGCGAUAGUUCAUACGAUUAUGGUCAAUUUCAUUCGGAGACUUAUGGAAACGGCGGUAGAUCGUACGAGUACGCAUACAUGUACUCACCAGGAGCCCUAUCUACCGGAAGUGGAAUGGGCGAUUCAUUCGACUUCGGGCCCGCGUCCGUUUACAACAACAAACCUUCGCAGCCUGGACACGGACAAGUACCGCCUAGCAGAGAAGAGACCGGAAUGUAUCAACAUUAUCCACACCAGCAUCUGGCGAAACGUGGAAGCUUUGACAAAACAUAUCCCAACCAUUAUGAUGUAAACAGUCGCGGUGUUCAUUCAUCUUCAAGUCCUCGAUCAAGUUUCUCAAGUCCUAGAGGUGAGCCAGCCAAAUAUGGCAGCCCAAGAUCUAGUCUAACCAAUCAAGCCCACCCUGGUAUUAUGCAGCCUAAUUUUGGCGAUAGAAUGCCUGGGCAAUUAGUCAGAGACGGUGUUAAUGCUCACCAUCAUCACCAUCACCACAGUCCUAGGUCUAGCGUUGAUUACGGGCAUCAAGGAAGGGGCAGGAGUGAUCAGAAUCCACAGUACAGAACUAGAGGACCCCAACCUCAGUAUCCACCACACAGGGGCCCUCCCCAUCAUCCUCAGAGUUACCAUUCACCACCUAGAGGGCCACCACAGCAGCAUAGACCUCAACCAGCUAGUUAUCAGAGAGUGAAUUCCAACUCACAAAGGAACAACCAUCCACAGUACCCUCAGAAUCAGCAUAAUAAACCAGGUGGAGGUGUUGUUGACUUGGAUAAUAUUUCAUUGAUGCUAAAGCAGUCGACACUCCAAGAGAAACAAGGAGGACGACCUUCAUUAACCCCAAGUCCAAAUAGUGCAUUCUCAGGACCACACGAGCAAGCCCUUCCACGUACAGGUAUUGACAAAGGGUUUCGAGAUCAUCACUCUGCAGAACCUAAAGGACCCAACCCUGUUUUUAGAGAACCCAUAACAGGGCCCACAUCUAAGUCCACUCAUCCAAACUCUGGUCCAUGGUUAGACUCCAAUCAGAACCACCAUGCCAACGGAGUACAUAUAAAUGGUGGUGGGCCUACCACAAACCAAGUUGAUAAUAGAAUUAACCAAGCGAAAAAGUCAGAAGUUGAAAACGGACAUGAAAGUCCUAAGCAAACUCCGCAAGUAAAGGAUCCACAUCGGGAUUCACAUGAAGUUGAAAACACGCGUCCUGCUUUUCGUAGUCAAAAAUCGGCACCAACUGGACACCCAGACAACAACUUCAAUAACCAAUCCAGCGUGCCCGCAAAACACGCAAGGCAGAGCAGUUACCCAAAGACACAAACAGUUGGUGGAAGUAGAAUACCAGAAGAACAGACCCCAAUUUUGAAACCCAAUGUGGGUGCUGUGGAACAACUGAAAUCUGCACAAGAGAAGUCAGGCGUACGAAGAGAACCUCUACAAGAUGCAGAUCAUCAGUUUAAACCUGUAAAGGAGGGAAGCUCUUUUGUGGAGAGUAGUAAGAUACCUCCCCCAUCAGAUUUCCAGGACUUGUCGUCUGGACAAAACAGUUUCCACUCAAUUGCCGUCCAACAGGAAAAAUCCCACCCAAUCUCUGGGCCAUCCUAUGCGACUGGUCCCCCAACUUUGGGGCGUCAGCUAUCCCGAGGCUCAAACCCAUUACUUCGAUAUGAGGUUAUGGGACCUAAGCAGAAAGGGAUGUCAGAAGCUGAACGAAAACUAGAAGAGUUAACUAAACAAUUGGAAAAAGACAUGGAAUCAACGACAGAAGAAGAAUUUGGUAUAUGUGUCAAGUGUGGAAAGAAGGUCAAAGGAGCCGGUCAAGCGUGCCAGGCAAUGGGCAGUUUGUAUCAUACUCGCUGUUUUACAUGUGUAUCAUGUGGUCGAGCGUUAAGAGGCAAGGCUUUCUACAAUGUUCACGGAAAGGUCUACUGUGAAGAGGACUAUCUAUAUUCGGGCUUUCAGCAAACAGCAGAGAAGUGCGGUAUUUGUGGCCACCUUAUCAUGGAAACGAUUCUUCAAGCGAUGGGCAAGUCGUAUCAUCCAGGAUGUUUCCGCUGUGUUGUUUGCAACCAGUGUCUCGAUGGCGUUCCAUUCACGAUAGACUCCGACCACAAAAUAUACUGUGUAAAGGACUAUCAUAAUUUAACGACAAUAAUUCACGCACCGAAGUGUGACGUUUGUGGCCAGCCUAUUACCCCGGUAGAGGGAACAAAUGAAACAGUUCGAGUUGUAUCCAUGAACAAAGAUUUCCAUGUUGAUUGUUACAAGUGUGAGGAUUGUGGCAUCCAAUUAUCAGAUGAUGCUGAGCAUAGAUGUUAUCCUUUGAAUAACCACCUGUACUGUUACACCUGCCAUGUUAGUCACAUAGCCACAUCGCCAACAUCCACUACGCACCCUUACUCACCGCAGAUGUCUCCCCGCUCAGGUUAUCAGCCAUCACCGAAAAGGCGGCACCCCUCACAAAGUAGUCAGCGUUCAAAUUCACCUCAGUAUGGAUCUUUAUCCCCAAACUCAGGACCCGCAUCUCCGCACCGAAGAACAAUGUCUCCUCAUAAUGCUGCGUAUAAUUCUAGAUCUUCAGUAACGCGUGGUGAUUCGUUUCAAAGCCAGUCGCGUGGAGGUGGACCCCAGCAGUACCAAGAUGGCAGGCGUUCUCCCCCACCACCGUACUCACCGCAUGAUCCACAUCCAGGACAGUAUGAUAGUACGCACUUAUCAAGGUAUGGAUCACAAGAACGAGGAAUUUUUCCAUAUCCUGCACCGCAGGGAACAAGCACCGGUAAACACAGACAACCUAGUGACCGUACGUUGGAAAGCUAUGUUGUAACUGACUUAUGAAUAAAAGCGAUUUAUAGAAAAGGGAAUAUUAGCUGGGAUCGCUUACUGAUGUCAAAUCAGAUGUCUAUUUGAUUUGAAAAUUUGACUUAGAUAGGCAAUAUCUACAAUUGGUCACCUGAAUUUGAGGUUCCUAGUGUGUUGAUAGUACAGUCAAAUUAUUGAACCUUAUUGGUGACAAAGGGAAAGAAAUGACCCAACACUAUUGAUGAGGUAGUUAAAUCAAUCAAUCUAAGAUUUCCAGAUCUACAGAAAUACAGUAUCUUUUUUAUAAAACCCACCAACAUUUUUUUAUCUUCCAUUUUAAUGUCUUAUAUUAAACAGUUGUAUAAAAUGUAAUUUUAAUGAAGCUGUUCUUCAUUUACAAAACAUAUUGAUAAAUAUAUUUGGAUUGCUGAUUAAUGUUUUGAAUAAUUAUGGCAGAAGAAUGUCAGAAAGAAUGCAGUUUAAAACUUUACUUCACUUUGAACCAAUAACAGCUCAUCAAAAAUAACCAAUGUUAAUACCCAAUACAUGUAAAGUGUUCGGGUCAAGUUGGGUUUACCAGUUAUCUUGAUUGAGUAUGUUAAUGAUGAUUUGUUUUUGGUUUAAAGUGACCAGACCGUGUUUUCUGUAAACCUUUUUUUAUAUAUUUGUGUAAAUGCCCUCUUAUUGGUCAAUGUCCUGUAGAAUGUUUACCACAUAUUUUAAAUGUGAUUUGCAGGUUAACCUUCAUUUUGAAUUAUUAUGAUAUUCAUACUAUGAUAUUCAUACUUGUGUGUGUCCUGGCUAUUCUAACUUUGUACUCACUAUAUUUUGUUUAUUUUUUUAUAUAAAGAUAUAUAUAUUGUCUGUGUUGGACUUUUCCUGUCUUUUUACAGAGUUGUCGUACCCUUUAUUCCAUCAAGUCAACAAAAAAUAAAUUUAACUUUGAUAUACUUUUUGAAUGGUUGCAGGUCCAAAUGCCACCAGAGACACUUUUUUUUUUCAUACAACUGAAUAAACAAGCUUUUCAUUAAA